AUGGAUCAAUACAAAGGCUCAGAUGUAGACAAGUACAGAUGUUUCAUGAGUGGAGAAGGUGAAAAGAACACCAUAUGGAUGGAGGGUGCACCCCCUAACUAUGAUGCAGUCAACAAACUCUUUGAAGAAGGGAAAACCAAGAUAUGGCCUCCGGGUUCAUUGGGAGAGCAAGUUCAGAAUCUUGUGAAAACGUGGGAAAUGGAGCUAGUCCACAAACCAAAUGGCAAAGAUAUGAAAAGUACUGAUGCUGAAAAAUUAUUUGAGAGUAUUUUUAUUAAUGGCAGAAAAGCAGAAGGUGGGGCUUACAAUAUGUUUCUUCAAACAUCAUUACCAGAGAAGGUACGAGUAUAUGAUCCUACAAAGGAAAGUUCUGAAUCGGCUCAUAAAAUCUUCGUUGAUACUUUUCCAAAGGGUUUUGCAAUGGAGGUUCUUGAGGUUUACUCUGGUCCUCCAGUGAUUGCUUAUAAGUUUAGGCAUUGGGGUUACAUGGAAGGUUCAUUUAAGGGCCACUUACCUACCAAAGAAAUUGCAGAAAUGAUCGGUGUCUCCAUAUUUAAGUUGAAUGAAGAGUUCAAGAUCGUGUCGGCGGAGUUCUUCUAUGACAGGGGAGAGCUGCUUGCAGGUUUGAUCAAGAAUGGGAGUACUACCAUCCCCGGUGAUACUAACACUGAUUUGAGCUCAUCAAAGUGCCCCUUUUCUUGAAGGGAAAAUUUAGAUGUUUUUGCAGGGUUGGAAUAAACAAAUCUUUGUUUUCUUUUUGAGUGGUUCUGUUUUCUUUAUGAGAGAAAU